GCUUAUUAACCUAGAGAUUGUCUGCAGUAGUACCACACAAGAGUAUGAAGUCACUACCUCAAUCUAGCACAGGUAUAUGUUCCAUUGACUAUAUGCUCAUGUAAGUUGUUCGGCACCCACCUCAGUUACAGUACGCGGAAGCCUCCGCCGCGUAAACUUCAGGGAAGUUCGCUUUUUGCCAUGAACGAGAAUGCUAAUAGAAUCAUUCUGUAAAGUGACCAGUUGUUUGGUGGCGUCGUUUGAGACGAGAUAUCGGUCGUCCACAUGACAGCGGUCCAUCUGUGCCCCCCCGGUACUCGAGGCCCUAUGGGUGAAGUGGAACGCUAUCCGACAUGAUACUGCGGAUGGGUUGGACCGGAGUUGGGUGAUCGGAGAUGUUUGAGUGGAUGCCAAGAAAGCAUCAGAGUGAUUCGUACCGCACAGCAUCUGGAGCGAAUCUGGGGUAUUUGAUGCUGCGGUUCAUGACGGGGAGAUCACCUUCCGCCUCGUCUGAAUCUGCAUCGACCACCAAUGUCCAUGUUUUACUCGCAAGAAACGCUGGUCGAGUCGGCCCCGCCAACAACACUCGUUUUCCGGCCCAACAGCAUGCUCUCGAGCACCAUCUCGGACGGCGCGAGCGGGCGCACGCUCUACGCUGUGAAGACCAACAUCCAGGGCGUGCGAACAGAUCUGGUAGUGCCCGGGACGCUGGAGGUUGCCGCGCAGAUCUCGCGCAAGGACUUCUUUCCGGAUACUGUCGCGCUUCGGGAGCCCGGUUCCGAGAAGCUGUAUACGACGAAGGUCAGCAAGUGGCUGUCUAAAGGGGAGUCGAUAACCGGAUUGCCGCUGCCGACGUACGUGCUAGACAGCGCCCUCCACGGCCGCUUCACGAUCCGCAUGCACAGGGAACACCGGCUCGCGCUGUUUGCGUCCGACGAUACGACGAUCCUCGCGCACUGGGACAUGUCCCAGUCCACCGGCUCGGACUCGUGCGCGCUGUCCUUCUCCGCCACGGUAGACAGCGCAUCGCGGCUCCAAAUCCUCGUCGCCUUCAUUUACCUUGAGCAGAAGCUGCGCAUGGUGGAGAAACAUUGGGGCAUGUCGAUGAACGACGGCAGGGCGCGUGUGGAAGGCGGAUUUGCCGUCAUUACAAUGGGUCUCGAUUGCGCCCCGGGCAUGGUCAAUUGCGUUUCUGAGCACAGGAGUCCAUCCCGCGUGGCAAUCUAUUCACUUCUGGUUAGCCUCCAAGCCCACACACUCCCAGACAGGGCACCCGAAGCCAUCCUCCUAGAAGCCGUUGACGACCUCAAGUUUAUCGCAUGGCACGGUCAUUCAUACAUGCCGAUGAAUGGGUAA